AGGAGGAGCCCAGCACCUCCGGGAGUCCGGUGCGCUCAGGGAUAUUCUGAUCUUUCGGGCUGGAUGCUGUAGCUCGGGGUCGGCCUCUUCUGAGCGUGUGUGUGUUUGUGUGUGAGGUCCUUGCAUGCCUGGCGUGCAAAGAUGGGCCCCUCCGUGCACAUGAGGAUUACUGUACUCCUGGCUGCCAUCUCCCUAACUCAGGUGAUUACUGUCUCCUGCCAGGAAAACCCCAAGAACGAAACGUGUGCUGACAAUGGACAAGUGUACGCCAACAAAGAAAUGUGGAGCCCUGAACCUUGCAGGAUCUGUGUGUGCGAGUCCGGCAGUGCCAUGUGUGAGGCCGUGGUCUGCGUUGACCUUGGCGACUGCGCCCAGUCGGUGACCCUGGAGGGCGAGUGCUGCCCGGUGUGCGUCACCCCUGCGGCCACUCCCACGCCAGACCCUUCUGCAGCUCCCGUGGAAGACUUGAGCUGUGAAGUGGAUGGCGAGAUCUACGCUAACAACGACAUUUGGAAGCCCGCACCGUGCAGUGUGUGCGUGUGUGACAACGGCGUGAGCAUUUGCAGCGACGUGCAGUGCGAGAUGGUGCCCAACUGCCAAAAGAUGGUGACCCCAGAGGGCGAGUGCUGCCCAGUGUGCGAAAACCUGGCCAGCGCCACCAGACACAUCGCAAUCAUGGGUUAUAGGGGAGAGAAGGGUGAACCAGGUGAUGUUCCACAUCUGGUGGGAAUCCCUGGACCUCGAGGACCCUCUGGUCCUCCAGGUGCUCAAGGAAGAACUGGACAUAGAGGGUUUAAAGGCAGAAGGGGAUUCCAAGGGCCACCAGGUUUUGAUGGAGAGCCUGGCAUCCCAGGAAACCCAGGCGAGCCCGGCCCCCCUGGUUUUCCUUCCCUUCCUGGGGGGAACUUUGUGUCACAAAUGGCUUCAGGUUUCAAUGAGAAGUCAGCAGGCCUGAGUGGAAUGGUCUCGGGAUCAAGGGGUGAAUCAGGACCAAGAGGACCUCCUGGGUCGACUGGACCACCAGGACCAACCGGUGGCCAGGGACUCCCAGGCGAGGCUGGAGAGCCAGGACAUAUGGGUGAACCAGGUCUUCGAGGGCCAGAAGGGUUGCCAGGAAAAAGUGGUCCCGAUGGAGAUGUUGGACCCCCUGGUCCCACGGGAGAGACGGGAUUCCAAGGAUCAGUGGGUGCACGAGGGUUACCGGGUACUCCAGGUGUCCCAGGUCUCAAGGGUCACAAGGGUGAGACGGGCAUUUUUGGUCCGAGAGGUGAGGCUGGUGCUGCCGGUGUCAAGGGUGGUUCUGGUACUCCUGGUGCCAUGGGUGCUACUGGCCCAGUGGGUCCACCAGGCUUAUUGGGAGAGAGAGGAAGAGCGGGCCCACCUGGUGCUGUGGGAAAACGCGGUGCAGCCGGACAUACUGGCAAACCAGGGCCCCUGGGUCCUAUUGGAAUCCCUGGUGUGCCAGGCUUCCCAGGUGCCCCAGGACAGAAGGGUGAAGUGGGACCUCUUGGUGUGAGAGGAAGUCCAGGUCAGCAGGGACCCAGAGGAGAUGCGGGUCACAUUGGACAACUAGGGCCCACCGGACAACAGGGAGCCGUAGGCCCCGAUGGAGCCCCAGGAACCAGGGGGGCAACAGGCCUAGCAGGUGUCAUGGGUCCAUCAGGACUUGUAGGCCCCGUUGGGCCCCCAGGACCCCAGGGAACCACAGGAGCACAGGGACCAAAAGGCCAAGAUGGUGACGUCGGUGUGGCUGGAGUCAAAGGAGAAGCUGGAAUGAAAGGCGAAAGAGGCGACCAUGGUGUUCCAGGUCUGAUAGGCCCCAUGGGAGAUGAUGGGAAGCGUGGACCUCGAGGUGAUGCGGGGUCUGUCGGUGACCCAGGACCUAUGGGCGAGACGGGCAUCCCUGGAAAUCGCGGUUUCCCUGGUACAGAUGGUUUUCCUGGUGCAAAAGGAGCUCAGGGAGAAAGAGGGCUGCCAGGCGCAGCGGGCCUGAAAGGUCCGGCAGGAGAUCUGGGACGACCUGGAGAGCCGGGUUUAACUGGUGCUCGGGGCCUGUCUGGAAUUAUCGGUGCUGAAGGAGGAGAAGGCAAACCAGGACCACAGGGCUCAGCAGGAGACGAUGGCAAACCAGGCCCAGCUGGUUCCACAGGAGGUCGUGGUUUAGCUGGACCCAUGGGCCUGCCAGGACCAAAAGGCCUCACUGGUGAUCCUGGAAAGAACGGCGACGCUGGCAGUGCUGGCUCACAGGGUCAAAGAGGAGUGAAUGGAAAAGACGGCGAGGAGGGUGCUGCCGGUCCAACUGGCCCAGCGGGUUCUGCAGGGAAGAGAGGGGAGCAGGGCCCACAGGGACCCAUUGGCUUUCAGGGUUUGCCCGGAGUGCCGGGCCCACCCGGUGAAUCUGGUAAACCAGGAACUGAGGGACUUGCUGGGGAGGAAGGCUCUGCCGGAACUUCCGGAUUGAGGGGAGAAAGAGGGGCUCCUGGUGGCAGAGGUGAAACCGGACCCAAAGGACUGCAGGGACCUAAGGGUAGUCCAGGUAGUCCGGGCCCGGAUGGACUGAAGGGAAAAUUUGGUGUAAAGGGAGCUACUGGAGAAACAGGAAGUCCAGGACUCCAGGGCAUGCCAGGGGAAAGAGGCAUCCCAGGAUCCUCAGGCCCAAAAGGGGAUGUGGGCUCUGUGGGUGAAAUGGGACUCGAAGGCAAAGCUGGAGUUGAUGGAAUUCGGGGUGGGUCUGGUCCAGUUGGACCUCCAGGUGCGGUUGGAGCCAACGGUGCCAAGGGAGAAACAGGCUCCCCCGGACCCAACGGACGCCGAGGGACAAGAGGAGUACCUGGUUCGACCGGUGAGCCUGGUGCAACGGGUGCAGCAGGUUUCCCUGGAACUGCUGGUGCUGAAGGUCAGCCUGGGGUGAAAGGUGAGACCGGGGAACCAGGCCUUAAGGGAGAGGCAGGACCACCUGGACCACCAGGAAUGGCUGGCACACCGGGAGUACAGGGCCCGGUCGGUCUGACUGGACUUAAAGGUGGCAGAGGAACACAGGGCGCAGUGGGUUCUACUGGUUUCCCUGGCUUGCCUGGAGGUGUCGGUCCACCUGGUUCUCUUGGUGCUGUUGGAGCAGAUGGCCUCAUUGGUCUAACUGGAAAGCAGGGCCCACCUGGCAUUCGUGGGGAAAAUGGGGCGCCCGGACUUCAAGGCGAGAUUGGUGCUCCAGGCCCGGCAGGCACACCUGGAGAUAAGGGUGAUUCUGGAGAGGAUGGUUCUCCGGGUCCUCUUGGGCCUCCCGGACCUGCCGGUGCUACAGGGCAGCGAGGCCCUGUUGGUCAUCCUGGAGCGAGAGGAGAGGGAGCAAUGCCAGGCCUGCACGGACCUGCGGGUCUGCCUGGAAAACCGGGAGCUCCUGGAGUUCAAGGUGGAAAAGGUCCUCCUGGUGGAGUCGGUCCUGUGGGAGCUACUGGGCCAAGAGGAGAUGCAGGCCCUGAGGGCGUGGCUGGUGAAGAUGGACCUACUGGGACGGACGGACUCUUAGGGGAAAGGGGGGAUCGAGGUAAUGCUGGUCCCGAGGGAUUGGCUGGAGGCCCAGGUUCUCCAGGAAAUGAGGGUCCAGUGGGACCUACAGGUAGUCCAGGACCAAGAGGUGAAAAUGGUGCCAAAGGCUCUCCUGGACCCCAUGGAGCACCUGGAGUACGAGGCAAAGCGGGCCCCCAAGGACUGCAGGGAGAAAAAGGACCAGCUGGUGAAGAAGGAGAGAGGGGUCAGAAAGGUCACAGAGGUUUCACUGGUCUCCACGGUUUGCCAGGAAUUGCUGGGGCUACAGGGGAUGCAGGUAUUCCAGGUAUUGUCGGACCAGGUGGACCAAGGGGUCCUCCAGGUGUGGUGGGUCCACCUGGUAAGGAGGGGAACAUCGGUCAGCCAGGAGCAAUGGGUGCACCUGGAAGCAGAGGAAACAGUGGCGACGUUGGAGUUCAGGGCCCUGUUGGAGAACCAGGACCUCCUGGGCCUCCAGGCCCACCUGGACCUCCCACUGCAGCUCUGAAUGAGUACUUUGCAGCUCCCUUGGAUUUCGAUGAGCAUGCCGUGCCAGAAGCUGUGGAGUUUUUCAAGGAUGAUGUGGCGGCUGACCCUCCUCCACUUCCAGAGUUUAAUAAAGAUGAGGCUCGUGCUGAUAAGAGUCCCGUCAUCAUUCAUACCACUCUGAAGAUUCUCAGCAGGCGUGUGCAUAACAUUCGCAGCCCAGAUGGGACAAAGGAGAACCCUGCAAAGACAUGUCAAGACAUCAAGCAAUGCUACCCACAGAAACCAAGUGGCGAGUAUUGGAUUGAUCCUAACCAAGGAAGCACGAAAGAUGCCAUCAAGGUCUUCUGCAACAUGGAUAGUGGUGAAACCUGCAUCACUGCUAAUCCAGCCAAUAUUUCCCGCAAAACCUGGUGGACAAAAUCCACUCCCAGUGUCAACAAACCCAUUUGGUUCGGAUCCCAGAUGUAUGGCGGAACCCCAUUCCGCUACGGAAACAACGAGGAGCAGCCAAACACAGUGGCAGUUCAAGUGAAGCUACUGCAGCGUCUCUCCAAAGAGUCCCACCAGAGCAUUACCUACCACUGCAAGAACAGUGUGGCUUAUAAAGACGGCAAGGGCACCAUGAAGAAAGCCCUCAUCCUCAAAGGGGCCAACGGUCAAGAGUUGAGGGCGCAAGGCAAUAGCCGCCUGCAAUACACCGUCAUUGAAGAUGGCUGUGCGAAGUCUCAGGGCAAUUGGGCUAAGACAGUGUUGGAAUACAGGACUCAAACCCCAAUCAGGCUGCCCAUUGCGGACGUUGCUCCCAUGGACAUUGGAAAGGCCAAUCAGGAGUUCGGCCUUGACAUCGGACCUGUGUGUUUCUCAUAAAACACCGCACCAGGAAAAAAAAAUUGUGUGUGAAUUUGAGAAAAUGACUCCACUUCCUGUGAGCGCUGUGGAUGAAAGUUACACCGUUACUGUCACACGUAGCUGGAAAAGACGCGUGUCUGGUGGAAGGCCACCAUUAUUUAUUCAUCUUGUCUGUGAACCUUCAUAUAGUCUUUUGAGGAAAGGUGCUGUCAACAACUGCCUAACUCUAAAAGAUGAGAUACCUUGUGAGGCAUUCAGAUUAAGAAAAUGACAGACUAACAUAUUUUCAAUACAGAACAUUCACGUUUAAGUUUGCACGUGUAGCUCCCACUCUCUGGAUAGAAUAAAAUUAUGGAUCCUAAAUUAAGUUCUGUUCACAGUCAUUUAGUCUUUCAAAAAAAAUGUUUUGUGUGUUUUGCUCAAACUCUUGAAAUGUCACCUGUAAAUGCUACAUGCUUGACUGUAAAUUAAAAUUUAUUUGUUUUAUUGUUGACAAUUGAUUUAGAAUAAAGGUCAUUAUUUCUGGGGUGGCUGAGCUCAUUCCAUGCAAUAAAGCGCAAGAAUAAGAU